AUGGAACCAUCUGCAAAAUCAACGCCAACAAUUUGUUUGUUGUUAUUGCUUUUGAGCGGUUUUAAAGGCAUAUAUAUGCAAUCCUGCCAACAGGAUUGCCAGCAAACGGUUAUACAAAGACGUAUCGAUGGUUCGGUCGAUUUCUAUCGUCCGUGGUCGGAUUAUAAAGUUGGCUUCGGUGAUCCUUCUAAGGAGUUUUUCCUUGGUUUGGAUGAAAUAAAUCGCCUCACAAAUAGUUGUCCCACUCAGUUGCUGAUUGUCAUGGACGAUUGGGAGGGUAAUCGACGUUAUGCCCAUUAUGAUGGAAUUAUUGUGGGCUCUGAAGGUGAGAAUUAUAACCUCAAACAAUUGGGUAAGUAUACCGGAUCGGCUGGCGAUUCAAUGACAUUUUCGUUGGGACAAAAUUUCACAACAUACGAUCGUGACAAUGAUGUGUGGUCGGGUAAUUGUGCGAUUUCAUCGUUUGCGGCAUCCAAACAAAAUGAAAGUCUUAUAAUUUAUGAUAUCCAUGGAAAACUAAAUGAAUUGGAGGAAAAUGUUGCAAAUACCCACAAAAAGUUGUUGGAAACUCAAACGAAUUUGACCAAUUGUUUAAAUGGAAAUCCCCAAUUAAAUGGUGUCUUGGAGAAAAUCCACAAAUUGGAAACGGGCUUUAAGGAGCUACGAACAAGCAUAAAGAAACCAAGUGAUAUUGUCAUUCAGCGACGUGUUGAUGGUUCAGAGGAUUUCUUUCGUCCCUGGGCUGAUUAUAAGUAG